AUGAUUAUUGAUCAUUCUUUGAUAACAUUUAACGAUUCGGCGUUAAGUUAUCCUCUCAAACGCACCAUUACCUUACAGAAACCAUUCAGACGGUUUGCAAACACAAAAGACAACACCACGCGCCGUCUACACCGUCCCGUGGUGGAACUCGAGUACGCCGACGAUGCAGUAAUAUUUGCUUACAGCUGCGCAAAGAUACAGGAUGUUGUUCACCUUGUAUCUAAAUUAGCUGCAGCCUACGGACUGCUACUCCGACCUGACAAAUACGAGCAGAUGACUUCUUGGCGAAUUCCGGUUUCCAACCACAGUGUACGAAUCCUUGGAAACGUGAUCAUCUCUGAGUUUCCGGAACAAUGCUUGCCGCUAUACUGCUAUUUUCUUCCUUUUCACUCAGUACGGUUAUAUCCGAAGAAGAGAAGAAGAUCGAUUCUAACCAACCACUUAUACUCACAGUAUCGCCGAAAAUUUGGAAUCUUCUCGAAACAAGAGCAAACUUUGUCAACGGUGGCGUGA